AUGUCGCAAGUCGUUUGUGCGCCGUCAUGGAACAAGCCGAAGCCCACUCUAGAAAGCAUGCCAAUCGAAGUCCCCGAGAGGAUCGUUACCUUCGCCAUGCCGAACAAUGCGGAGUCCAUCUACUCCAUCUGA